GGCGGUCGAUGCAUCAGAGUACAUUUUACAUCCCUAGCGCUCGCUCGUUUGCCUGAAGACGGCUCGUCAUAGAAUUUGCAUUUCUUUGUUUAAAGUCCAGGAAUCAUUUAAAGCGCCCUCGGCAGAAAGGACAACGACUAGCUGAAAAGAGCCGCUCAAGAAACCAGAGGACACCACCAUCAUGGCUGUUAACGUUUACUCCACAAAUGUGACGUCAGAGAAUCUCUCGCGCCACGAUAUGCUGGCCUGGGUCAACGAUUGUCUGCAGUCGCAGUUCUCAAAGAUCGAGGAGCUCUGCACAGGUGCCGCAUAUUGCCAGUUCAUGGACAUGCUGUUCCCCAAUUCAGUGCCCGUAAAGCGUGUCAAAUUUCGUACAAAUCUGGAGCACGAGUACAUACAGAACUUCAAGAUAUUGCAGGCGGGCUUCAAAAAGAUGUCUGUGGAUAAGAUCAUACCAGUUGAUAAACUGAUUAAGGGACGCUUUCAAGACAACUUCGAGUUCCUGCAGUGGUUUAAGAAGUUCUUCGAUGCCAAUUACGAUGGUCGCGAGUACGAUCCCCUGGCGCAGCGAGCGGGGGUCAAGCUGGGCAAUGGCAACGGCAACGGACACGGCAGCAACGGAGGCAGUGGCGUGGGCAGCAGCAACAACGAUCUCCACCUGAUGCACCGACGGCCCUUGCAGGCGCCAGCCGGAAGCGUUCGCAUGCCGCCGCGGGUCAUCGCUCAGACUGCAGUCUCCAAGGUGCUGCCACGCACGAACAACGCCGCGCCGGCGAGCAGAAUAACCGCCGGUGCCAAUAGCACGGGCACCGUCAAGAAGAACGACGCGGGCAACUCGGUCAACAAUCAGCAAAUCGAAGAGAUGUCAAACCAGGUCAUGGAUAUGCGCAUCAACCUGGAGGGAUUAGAGAAGGAGCGCGACUUUUACUUCUCCAAGUUGCGGGACAUUGAAAUUCUAUGCCAAGAAGCUGAUGACGGCGAGCAACAUCCGCUCAUUCAAAAGAUAAUGGACAUCCUGUAUGCGACUGAGGAUGGUUUCGCGCCGCCAGACGAUGCCCCACCAGAGGACGAGGAGUAUUAAUUUAAACGAAGAAAUGAAAAACAAACCCACUAAAUUCAUUUGCUGCAUACAUAUUCAAAACAUAAGUCAAGAAGCAGGAUGAAGGGUACAAAAAUAAAGUUUAUUGAUUAGACAGGAACCAAGAAGACGUUUAGCAAACGAGAAGACUUACGAACGCGUAUAGGGCUUAGAUCCCCAGGCCGAGGUUGACAACAGGAGCGCUAAGUGAUUAAAUCGUUAUACUUCAAACAUUA